AUGUCGCACGCUCGAGUCGAAGAGCUGUCCGAUUCCGAUCCUGAGGAGAUUGCCCCCUCCGAUGAUGACUUCGCCGAUAAUGUCAUCAUUGAGCCCGUCGCCCCGCGUCAGGCCAAUCCUCCCAAGGCCACGCCUGCGCCCGCACCUGCACCUGCACAGCCUAUGAUGAAUCAAAUGCCCAUGAACCAAGUGCCCGAACCCGCGCGCGAAAUCCCCAAACACUUCCAAUGCCUCUACCCCAUCUACUUCGACAAGACCCGAUCCCGCGCGGAUGGGCGCAAGGUUGGCUCCGAGCUGGCAGUCGAGAAUCCCCUGGCCCGCGACAUUGUCGAUGCCGUGCAGAUGUUGGGUUUGCAGGCUGGCUUGGAACCGGAGAAGCUUCACCCCAAGGACUGGGCCAACCCUGGUCGUGUGCGCGUGUUGCUGAAGAAUGAAGAUGGCAAAUCGAUGAACUCUAAAAUUAAGAACAAACACCACCUCUACAUCCUCGUCGCCCAAUACCUCCAAGCUCACCCGACCGACGAGAAAUCCCCCUACCGACUUCGAAUUCGCGGCCUCCCCAUGCCGGAGAAGCUCCCCGAGGCGCCUCCAGCCCCGCGCGGUUGGAAGAUCGGCAAGAUUCUUCCCAUCCACUCGCCCGCCUACAGCGGCGGAGGUGUCAGCGACAAUCCGUUCAAGGAAGCCAUGGCGGAGAUGCAAAACAUGCAAGGGAUGCCUGGCAUGCCCCAGAUGCCCCAGAUCCCCGGAAUGGAUAUGUCUGGUAUGGGUGGAGAGGGCUCGGGAUCAGGCACUGAAAAGAAAAAGAAGGACAAGAAGAAGGGCAAGGCUUGA